AUGGUUAAGAGCGGUCCCGAGGCUCCUUGGUUUGAUUAUGCUUGUGUAGUAGCCAAGAAAAGUGUUAGAAGACUGGAGAAAGCCUAUAGAUGGGUCUUGAGAUCCGCUCUGAACUUCGCAAGCGAUGGAGAAAUAGUUAGAGAAGUAGGCAGAGAGUUCCAGAGAAAAGGACCAGAAAAAGCAAAAGCAGAUUUGGCAAAAGAGUGUUUAACACGAGUUAAGAAAAAGCGAGAAGAAGAAGACGAUCGUAAACCGGGGCGUUUAGGUUCAAUUAAUAUAUCUGAUAAGUACUUAGGAAAUAAUUUAGAUUGA